AUGGAUCCUUUAACUCCUUAUUGCCGCGAGCUGGCCUCGCCCGGCAUCUUCCAAACUGUCCUUUCCGUUCUAAUUAUCUUCGGGAUCCUGCUCUCAUAUCUCCCUCAACAUAUCCGGAUCAUUGCUCGCCGAAGUUCCUUUGGGAUCUCCCCAUAUUUCGUCCUCCUGGGCGUCACGUCAGGCACCUCGGCCUUCGCGAACAUCCUCGUGUUCCCAUCCACCGCCCAGGAUGUUGCCUGUUGCCAGGAGAUUAGUGGAAUUGCAUGCUUCGCCGGGCUGCUUGGGAUUGUUCAAAUGGGCAUGCAGUGGCUCUGUUUCUUUUCGAUCCUCCUGCUAUUCGUGAUCUAUUUCCCACGAGCUACAUCCCCAACGGACCCCCUGAGUCCCGUUUCCACUUCAACCAGCGGGCCGACCUACCGUACGGCACUAGCCGUGACAGGGAUCUGUCUGCUCCAUGCGCUCGCUACCAUUCUCAUUUCUAUUGCGUUUGAGCUCCGACAGCCUGGUGCUGUGCCAGCUUGGGCAAACUUCCUAGGGAUCUUGUCCGCCAUACUCGCGUCCAUCCAGUACCUCCCACAGAUCUACACUACACUCCGACUCCAAUGCGUGGGCAGCUUGAGCAUCCCCAUGAUGUGCAUCCAAACCCCAGGAAGUCUCGUCUGGGCUGCUAGCUUAGCGGCGCGGAAGGGCUGGAGUGGCUGGAGCAUCUGGGGAGUGCUGGUUGUUACGGCCUGUUUGCAGGGGACGUUGCUGACAAUGGCAAUCUACUUCGAGUAUUUUGGGCCAAACAACAAACGCGAAGGAGGGCAUCGUGCGGACCAGGACCAGCAUGCUCCCAAUGGCUCUGGUCUUGGCGAAGGGGCUCACUCGGAGCCACUGCCUGCGGAUAGACCCUCCGAGGAAACACCCCUGCUCCAAAGCCAGUGA